AUCGCCGGAUUUAGUCCCCACAACAAUCCUCGGACAUCGGUGCUAUUACAACCCCCAUUUUACAGAGGAGGAAACUGAGGGUCAAAGAGGCAUUGAGGCUGGGAUGUGAACUCCAGCCCAGUCCCACCUUUUCGCUGUGCAGUCAUACUGCUCUUGUGGUUUGUGGUGACUAGAGCCCGGAAGAGUUGGAGAAGGGGAAAGGGGUGAGGCGGAGGCUGGAGAGAUGGACUCCCCAAACACUGACGGGCUGCACGUGUCAGGUUAGGGGUUCUGGACUUGGCUGUGGCAGAAUGGGUGGGUAGCACCUUCUUAGGGUGGAGGUGGUGAGGUCAGAUGUGCUUUUUUGGAGAAGUCACUCUGGGACCAGAGAGGGGGAUCAGAGGGGGAGAGACUGAGGAAGGGCAUGGGGGUGUCCAGGGAAGAGGCCACCUCAACAGUGGGGGGCAGGCUGUGAGGCGGGAGCAGCAGGGCUCCCGGCGGCAGGGGUGGAUUCCAGACAGACGGUUCCAAGAUAGAGUCAACAGGGUGGUUGGCCGGCGGGAGUGAGGGGUGAGGAUUCAAACUUGGGUCACAGGAAGAUGCUGUUUAUUUUAUUCAUGCAUAGAGCAAACUUUUACCGAGCACCUACUAAGUGCCAGGUGCCGAGCAAAGUGCUGAGAACACAGAGAAAAAAGAUGGAAUUGGUAGGAAGCCAAGAAGGGAAAUGGGAAAUGCAGGAAGAGAAGAAGGAAGGGGGGAGAUGGUGAUGAGUUUGGUUGGGAAUGUAUUGAGUUGGAGGGGUGGGGACAGUUAUGUGGCAAUAUCCAAGGGGCAUUGGAUAAGGGAUCUGGGACUCAGCAGAGAGGCACAUUUGAGAUGCAGGAUUUAGAAAAUCAAGUCUUGAGCACAAACUUGGUAAAUUUACUGAACAUUAUUGAACUGUACACUUAAAAUGAGUUAAUUUUUGUGACAUGAAUUAUAUCCCAAUAAAGUUCAAACAUGCAACUAGGAAAAAAACCCCAACAAGUCUCAAAAAGUCAUGAAAACAGGGAAGGGGCGAACAUUCCAGGGGGAAGGCAGAGGGCAGGAGUGAAGGGGGGAGGGCAGGAGGGGGCUGGGGUUAUAACACGGUGUGGCUGAAUUUGGGCAGCUCUGAAGGAUGGGCCUGGCUCGCAGGCUAUUGAGCAUUGGCCCCCUGCAGGUGCUGCGGGAGGCUUUGCUUCCUAGACUGAAUCAAUCCUCCUGACAACCCCAGAAACGGGAUGCCAUCCUCAUUUUACAGUUGGGGAAACUAAGGUUCAGAGAGGUUAAGAAAGUUACCCAAAGUCACAUUGCCUUUAUUAAAGGAGUAGAAUCAGUUCAGUCCAGGUCUGUUGGUUCCAGAGUUUGGGCUUUUUUUUUUUUUUUUUAAAGAUUUUAUUUAUUUAUUUGACAGAGAGACACAGCGAGAGAGGGAACACAAGCAGGGGGAGUGGGAGAGGUUCUCGAUCCCAGGACCCUGGGAUCAUGACGAGCUGAAGGCAGUCGCUUAACCAACUGAGCCACCCAGGCGCCCCAGAGUUUGGGCUUUUAAUUAACACUCUGAUGUGCCCGGCUAGCUCAGUCGGUAGAGCAUGAGACUCUUAAUUAACACUCUGGACCAAGUUUUGCCACAUAUAACAAAUGCCCCAUCUGAGAAGAGGCAGGCAAUGGGCCUGGAACCUGGGAGCCCACUGCCCGGAGACCUGGGGCGGAGACACGGCGCCACAAUGGCGCCAUCUGCUGGCCCAGAUGUGGAGCUUAGCCGGCGAUGGGCAGGUGUUCAUUCCCCAGCUUGGCACAGUUCUGUUUUUCUGCCCUCUCCUCAACAUUGCUUCCUCCCACCAGGCCUGAGAGCUAGUAGACAGGGAUUAUUGUGUGGCCUCAAUUUACCAAUGAGGAGACCAAGGCUUAGAGAGGAGAAGAUGACUAGAGAAGUAGAGGAGGACCCAGGAUUCGAGUCCAUGUCCAUGAGAGGCUCUCCACAUCCUGUCUGUCCCCAGUGUGGGUUUGAUCCCCACAGUAUCCCCAAGGGCAUCCAGGGGCAUCUAGGUCAAGUCCCUCCCUUUCUGCUUUACUGAUGCGAAAACAGCUUCAGGCAGUGGCCUGACCUACCAAGGGGUGUCUUUGUGUUGGGGUUUGGCUUGCAGAGGUUACUUCAGGAUUGACAGGGAGCAUGCUGGGUUCUCAGGUUCUCUCUCCACUAGGGAACCUACGCUGGGCAGCAUUGCUCUUUGGAGAAAUGACUGCCCUUUCUCCUUCCAUAACCCCUCAGGUAUUGUGAGUCUCAGGUUCAGGAAGGAGGGAGGGGAGGAAAAAAAAAAAAAGGAGGCCCAGGUAGAAGAGAGGACAAUGAGCUGGGAGAGGGAGAGGCAGGACCCCUAAGGAAGGGAGAGGGUGGGGCCAGAGCAAGGCCAAGACGGAUGAUAAGGACAGCCAGGAUCCUAAGCUGAGCCACCACUACUGAGGGACAGGCACUGAGGCAGGUACUUUACAGGGAUAUGACCCUUAACCCUCUCAAUGACCCCAACAGACAAGAAGGAUUAUUACCCUCAUUUACAGUUGAGGAGCAAUAUGAGGGAGUUUGAAUAAUGUGCUCAAGGUCACAUGCAAGUAGAUAUGAAGCUGGCAUCUAAACCCAGGAAGCAAGACUCCCAGGAGAGAGGGAAUGAUGGAAAGCAGAGAGAAAGGGGCAACAAGUUAUUGGAACAGAGAUCAGGCUGGGUGUGGGGCGGAAGCAAAGGGGUCCUGCUGCUGGGGGGGUCUUGUCAUGGAGUGUAUGAAUAUAUAUGCGUCACAGGGAAGGUGCCUGAGAGUCUCUUGUCAUGUCUUGGUAACAGCCAUGGCCUGAGUUGUUGGGCUGUGGCUGAGCAAGCCAGGGUUGGUGAGUGGCCUUUCUUGUCCCCCACAUUUCUGGUUUGACUCCUAGUCAUCCUUCCCGACUCAGCUGAGAAGUCACCUCCCCUGGGAAGCUGACCCUGCAGAGGCUGGUUAAGGCCUGCCUCUCCGUGCCCCAGCUGCUCUGGCUCAGCCAGGAAUCAGCUCCCAGCAUGGGCAAAGAGAAGACCCACAUCAACAUUGUGGUCAUCGGCCAUGUGGAUUCGGGCAAGUCCACCACGACAGGGCAUCUCAUCUACAAAUGUGGUGGCAUUGACAAGAGGACCAUCGACAGGUUUGAGAAGGAGGCCUCAGAGGUGGGCAAAGGCUCCUUCAAGUAUGCCUGGGUGCUGGACAAGCUGAAGGCAGAACGGGAACGGGGCAUCACCAUUGACAUCUCCCUGUGGAAGUUUGAGACCAAAAAAUAUUACAUCACCGUCAUCGAUGCCCCAGGUCACCGUGACUUCAUCAAGAACAUGAUCACAGGGACCUCACAGGCAGACUGUGCUGUGCUGAUUGUGGCCAGUGGUGUAGGUGAGUUUGAGUCUGGCAUCUCCAAGGAUGGGCAGACCCGUGAGCAUGUACUGCUGGCCUAUACGCUGGGUGUGAAGCAGCUCAUCGUGGCAGUCAAUAAGAUGGACAUCACGGAGCCUCCUUACAGUAGCGCACGCUUUGAGGAGAUCAGCAAGGAGGUGAAGGCCUAUAUCAAGAAGAUCGGUUACAACUCUGAGGCUGUCGCCUUUGUGCCCAUCUCAGGCUGGCAUGGGGACAACAUGAUAGAACCCAGCACCAAGAUGUCCUGGUUUAAAGGCUGGAAGAUCACCAGGAAGGAAGGAAACAUGGUGGGCAUGACACUGCUAGAAGCACUGGACUCCAUCAUGUCCCCUGCCCGCCCUAUGGACAAGCCCCUGAGGCUGCCUCUGCAGGAUGUAUACAAGAUUGGGGGCAUCGGCACCGUGCCCGUGGGCCGGGUGGAAACAGGCUUCCUCAAGCCAAGCAUGGUGGUGACCUUUGCCCCCUGCAACAUCACCACAGAGGUCAAGUCUGUAGAGAUGCACCACGAGGCCCUGGCUGAGGCCCUGCCUGGAGACAAUGUGGGCUUCAAUGUGAAGAAUGUGUCGGUGAAGGACAUCAGGAGGGGCUACGUGGCGGGAGACAGCAAGAAUGACCCGCCCUUAGAAGUGGCAAGCUUCGUCUCCCAGGUAAUCAUUCUCAACCACCCUGGCAGCAUUACCACUGGCUACUCACCAGUCCUGGACUGCCACACGGCCCACAUUGCCUGCAAGUUUGCAGACCUCAGGGAGAAGAUUGACCGGCGCUCAGGCAAGAAGCUCGAAGACAAUCCCAAAGCCCUGAAGUCUGGGGACUCAGCCAUCGUUCAGAUGAUUCCACGAAGGCCCCUGUGUGUGGAAAGCUUCUCAGAGUACCCGCCCCUCGGUCGCUUUGCUGUGCGUGACAUGAGGCAGACCGUGGCUGUUGGGGUCAUCAAGGCUGUGGAGAAAAAAGCAGCGACUGGUGGCAAAGUCACCAAGUCUGCCAUGAAAGCAGCCAGGAAGUGAGUGGUGACAGCUACUCUAGGACUUUCUGGGAGAGGGGCAGCCCAGGAGGAGCCACAGCUGGAAAAGAACGGCUCAAGGAGAAGCCUUAGCUUACUCUUCUCUUGCCUGAACGGUCUUAAACCCGCCCCUGCUAAUGCACUUUUCUUUUUGCUGAUGAAUCUGAGGCAUGGGAAUAAAGCACAGCAAGUCUUUUUGCCUCUGCCUCUGACCUUGAUUGCAAGCAAGAAGGAAGCAGGUGGGGUGCUCAGUCUAAUUCUACCCCUCACCUUCCUUCUGGUGCCUGCCUGAGCAAAACCAGAGAGCUAGGGUCACAGGGAGGAAAAUGUGUAAAGGGGAAAGUGUAGGGCAGCUUUUGGCCCAGGCCAAGUUCAUCAGUUCCUAGAACAGGACUCUGGUGUUUUAAACUGCCUGACUUAAAUAGUGUCUAUAAAAGUUACUGAAUCUUCUGUGUGCCUUGCUUGUCUGUAAAAUGGGAAGAUAAU